CUGCCUAUAAAAGGGAGAAGCGGCGCCGGUUGCGGAGACUUUCCGGGUGGUCAGGCGGGAGCUGGUCGCGCUGACUGUCGCUGUCAUGUCCGGUCGUGGCAAACAGGGAGGCAAGGCCCGCGCUAAGGCCAAGUCGCGCUCCUCCCGCGCUGGUCUCCAGUUCCCGGUGGGGCGGGUGCACCGUCUGCUGCGCAAGGGCAACUACGCCGAGCGGGUGGGGGCCGGCGCGCCAGUCUACAUGGCGGCGGUGCUGGAGUACCUCACCGCGGAAAUACUGGAGCUGGCUGGCAACGCGGCCCGCGACAACAAGAAGACUCGCAUCAUCCCCCGUCACCUCCAGCUGGCCAUCCGCAACGACGAGGAGCUGAACAAGCUGUUGGGCAAAGUCACCAUCGCCCAGGGCGGCGUCCUGCCCAAUAUCCAGGCCGUGUUGCUCCCGAAGAAGACGGAGAGUCACCACAAGGCAAAGGGAAAGUGAAGUGAGGCCGGCGCCCGGUAGCCGCCCACCCCAGCCCUGGCGCCCCGAAGGGGGUGCCUGUGAAAUCAAAGGCUCUUUUCAGAGCCACCCACACUUUCAAGUAAAAAGAGUUGUUACAGUAACCGAUCCCGCACCCCCACCCCGGUAGCGUAGUAAGCGGUGAGUCCGGAGAGGACGGGAGGUGGGCGCGGAAAAGAGGCAUGUGCACACUACUCCCCAACCGUUCCGCUCCUCGAGGCUGGAGCGUAUCAUCUCUACCCGCCCUUGCCCGGUGGGCCGAGUCUUGGAACCUAGCACGGCAGGCACCAAACACCGCGCGCUACGGGCAACUCGAUCGAUAACGCUAACGCCACGGCCCUCUGCCGAGCGUCAGUUCCCAGUGACACCGCCCCCCACGCCACACACACAUUCUCGCAGGCUUUUGCGGGACCCCUGAAGGAGGACCAGUAGUUCCUAGGGGGACGUAGUCGCUAGCCCAGGCCCUGUCUGCUGUAGGGAAGCGUGGCGGGCCUGGGUCGUCUUGGCCUCACUGAGCUGGCUUCGUUUGUUGUUGCUUGUUUUUUAAGUAGCGACAGAGCUACGGGUACCCGCCUAGGCUUCCAGAGGCGGAAUCCUGCACCCCUGGGGCAGACAGACAACUCUCCCACCCGAGAAGCGCGAACUCGGGGACGAGUGAUCCUCCACGAAGCCACCCGGGAGCGGGGUGGAGGCGGGACAAGGCGUUCGGGGGGGCGGGGGUCAAAUAAAAGUUGAGGCUCCACUCGGCAGCCACAUAGCCUAAGGAAGAGGACG